UGUUAACUAUAGUUCUAGAUCCAGUUUUUUACGGGCUUUCAUUUGGUAUAAAAUUCAUUCGGUACCUGCUUUAGAAUGACGUCGCUACCCCCCUGGAAAAAGGUUAUGCAACACCCUGUACACCAUGAAGCAUCCACGGAUACAUUAAAUGAUUUAAUUGAUUAUGCAAGUUUAACAACAUAUUAUACAAUCGAUGCUGAAGAUCAAAUAUAACCUCCAUCCCAUCGAUCAAAAGCUGCUUUAAUUCAAAUCGAAUUUAUUAAUUUAAAUGGUCCAUCUAUUAUCAUUAUUAUUGAAACUUUACAUUUACCACCUGAUAAUUCUCAAACGUUUAAAAAGAUAAAACAAUUAUUCAAAAUUAUAUUCUCAAAAGUUCAUCAUGUUUAUUCUUGGGGCGAAUUAAAUGAUGAACUUGAAAAAUUUUUGCAAUUCAAUUUAUUCGAUACAGAUGAUACUCAUCAAGUAACACCAAGCAAUACACAAAAGGUCUUUACACAAUGGUACAACAAAAAUCAUCCAACAUCCAUUUAUCGUAAAGAAAAUAAUAAUGAUAAAUAUUCAUUACAAUUAGCCAUCUAUUUGAUUUUCAAUGAAUUAUUAAAUAAAAGAAUGAGCUUAGCCAAUUGGGGAUGUGGCAUCGAUAUAAAAUUACAAACAUUUGUUCCAAAAAAUCUUAUUAAACAUAAAGAACAUCAAAUGAUCGAAGAUGAAAAACACUUUCGUGAACUAAUAACAAUUUACGCAUUGAACGAUUGUUUUUCGGUCACAAAACUUGCACAACAUAUAAAAUCAUCGAAUCGAUUAACACCACCACCUACAAUUUUAUAUAAUGAUAUGCCCGAACCUAAUGUCGAACAAGGAAUAAUAAAUGAUAAUGAACAAUCAAUUGAUUUAAGUCCAUUAGAUGAUGAUAAUAUACAUGAUGAACCAUCACAUGAUGUAUUAACAGGGGUUCAUGCACAAGAUGAACCUUAUGAAAUGAUAAGUGAUGAUGAUUUAGAUGAUAUUUCUUUACCAGAAAUAAUGAAAGUCCAUUUACCUCAUGCAAAACAUUAUUCAAAUGAACAUGAAACACCACAAGAUGAAUUAUUCGAUUAUAAUCAUAGAGACGAAGUUCAUGUGAGAGAGGAACCUUUAAAUGAAAUUGAAAUGAUUUCCGACGACGAUAUCAAACAAAAUACAAUGAAUAAUCAACAUCAACAUCAACAACAUGCGUAUCGUAAAGUAUUAACAAGAAAUCAAAGAACGAAUUUGAAGAAAUGA